GUUCGAAUCCGUGCUUUGCACGGAGGAGGUCCUGUGACUGAUAAAGUACAGACUGAGUAGGUUCGUCUGAGUGAGUAUUUCGAUCCCGAGCCUCACAAGCGGUAUGUCUGGGUGCACGAGAUUUGAAAAAAAGUGGGCGGUUUUCAUUCCCCCCAAAAACCGCGCGACGGUCACGCCGCCAGAUGGAGACGCAGAUCUCCGAAUUGAUUUUUUCGACAGCUGAAGCAACGGGCGGCUUGUAGGGAAAGAUCGUCAGAGAAAUACAGAGGUCCCUCUGUGUGUAACUGAGUGUGUGUGUGUGUGUGUGUGUGUGUGUUGGGGAGAGAGCGAGCGAGCGAGAGAGAGAGAGAGAGAGAGAGAGAGAGAGAGAGAGAGAGAGAGAGAGAGAUGCGGGGAAAUGGGAGAGAGAAGUAGCGAUCAUGGUGGAUGGCGGAAGGCGGGAGAAAGGCCAAAGGUGGGAUGGUGGGAGGUGGCGGAAGAAGUCGGGAGGGGGGAGAGAGAGAGAGAGAGAGAGAGAGAGAGAGAGAGAGAGAGAGAGAGAGAGAGAGAGAGAGAUGCGGGGAAAUGGACCAGUGGGGCUAUCAGUGGGCGGGAGUAAUGCGGACAAGGCUAUCAUCGCUGUUAAUGGUGGCGGUGAAGGCAGCACGAUGGGCUGGACUGGGACUGGGACUGGGAUUGGGAGCGGGAGUGGAAGUGGGACUGUGUCCCAACACAUCGGCAAAUUCUCGGUCGAAGAUGUGGAAUUGCUGACAGUCCUGGUUAGCGAAGCGCAAUCUGCUGGGUGUGUUGGCACUCAUGGGACUUGGGCAGAUUACGUGAAAAACGUGUUGAGAUGCCACGGGGUUACCAAUCCCUCCUUGCAUUCUUGGAAGGACCGCGCCGCCUUCAUCUACUCUUUAUAUCAGCCGUCCGAUCUGUCGAUGAUACACAGACUGCGCUCCUGGUUCAGCAACAAGAAGGAUCUUAAUCAUCUUGAGCAAACGGACCCCUGUCCUUCCUCACUGGAGCAGGAUCUCGUUUUUCAGACAAAGAAUCACCCUGACUACGUCCGGCAAUAUGUCUUCCCCUCAAGUAACAGAGGGUGGAGAAUGACCGAGAGAGGAUGUUCAGUGAACUUUCCGAUUCCGCAGAGGAUUGUGUCUAUCCAUUGCAAAGUGAUUGGAGAGAGAACUGAUGCGACCUACGGGGAAGGAGGAGGAGGAGGAGGAGGAGGAGGAGGAGCAGGAGGAGGAGGAGGGACAGAGAGAGGAGAUGCAGCCGAUGUGAUAGCCGAAGUAACGGCCGUAGAUAGAGGGAUGAAUGUGCUAAUUAGAGAGAGGGUGGUGGUCCCGGGGUCAUCUCGGGGAUUUGCUGAAGAGAUUGACGAUCAGUCCAAGGGGAUGGCGGCACUUCCGCCGAAGCAGCUUGCUGGUGUCCUGUCGCAAAGAACUGGGACUGGGACUGAAAUUGGGACUGGUGCUCUUGGGACCACCACCUACGAGUCGUUCAGAAGGGUGCAGAACGCCGUUUAUGCUCUGAUUAAUACGCCUGGCACCAUACUUGUAGGGUUUCAUCUUCAUGACACGUUGACCAAUCUGAUGAUUGAACACAGCCGGGUGAUCGAGGUGGCAUAUAUCUACGGCAAUCAUCUGAUCGACGGCUGUAAGUUCUCGGAUCGUCCGCAGUCGGACUUGCAAACCCUGUUCGAGAGCGUCUUCAAGUCCCAGGACAUGGGAGUUCCCUUCUGCUCCUCCUCCUCAUCCUCCUUCUCCUCUUUGCCAGGAGGAAGUGUGCGCGCUUCUCCUUCUCCUUCUUCCGAGUCGCUUAUGGCGAUGAAACUCGUUCUCUUCAAGCUGGGGUCAUUCUUUCCGUCGUCCGUUAAGGCAGAAGAGAUUCACAAGCCCGCCGGCGUGGAGGAAGACCAUCGGCGCAAGCUGUACGUUCACAGAAUUCCCAUCGACAUAGUGGGAGAGAAGGCACUGCAAGCCAUCAUCCCUUCCACCUUCGACUGCCACGUGGAACCCAUUCGGCCUGCUGCUUCCAAUCAGGAGGGAAUCGGCUUCACCUGGAUCUGCUUUCAAGAUGCUAAUCAGGCAAAUGCUGCUUUCUCCCAAAUCAAGGGCUACCUGACCCAUGAUAGCCGAGGUAAACCCCAGAAAGCAGUGGUCCUAGCUAACCUCCGCCAAGCGAUCAGUUGUGUGUUGUACAUUCGGACGUGGUCGGAGGCCGCUGCCGCAGAGGAGGGGGUGGAACACAGACUGCUCCCUCGGUACAAAGGGCCAGAGUGGGCUGCCAACCCCAAUCUCACGACACUCUGUUCCGUGCCCUUGGGUGCCCAGGGGUUCAAGAACUCGGCUAUGGCGGCAGAGUCACCUGCCCCUGCAUCGGGGUAUGGAGACGGGAUGGAGGAGAAGAGGAGGCUGUAUAGCGGGGGGAAGGUGUCCGUACCCGCCGCCGGUACCUUGCCUGGCAAUUUGUUGCCGGUAUUAGGGAGAAGCGAGGGAGAGAAAAUGGGAGAGGAAUGGGAGCAGGAGGAGAAGAAGAGGGUGGAAGACAAGAAGGAUGGAGAACGUACUGGGUGGAUUGGCGGGGCAGGCAGGGGGAGCGAGGCUGUGGGUCCUCAGCAUGCCACGUGGAGGAUGAGAGACAGCACAGGGGCCGGUGGUGAUGGAAAGCACAAGGUCGAGGUGGAUGACAAGGGAGGAGGGAAUGGUGUAGAGACCUUGGUCGAGAGCAGAAGGAAGAGGAAGAAGGAGGAGGAGGAGGAGGAGGAGGAGGAGGAAGAAGAAGAUGAAGAGGAGGAACAUAUGAUGGAGCAAUGCAGAGAGGAUGCAAGUGGACAGGAAGCUGGGCGGUCUGACAGAAGAGCAGAGCCGGCGAGUUAUGCUGAAGAGGUUAGGGAGAAGACGGCGAUGGUGGAUGCGCAAGCUGUAGGCGAUGGUGAAGACAAUGGGGGCUCGAGCAAGAAGAAGAAGAAGAAGAAGAAGAAGACUAGGAAGAUGGAGGAGGGAGGUGGAGAGGAGAAUGAACCAAUGGCAAGUGAGGAUGUGGGAGAACUGAAGAAGUUGGUCUGGGGUAGCGACGUGGAACCGACGGAAGAGGAGGACGAGAAAAAGAACAAGAAGAGGAAGGAGAAGGAGAAGAAGAAGGAGAAGAAACGUGCAGGCCAGGAAGAAGCCCCGGCUAUGGAUGGCGAUGUGCACAACCAGCCCGAGGAUAACGAGGAUGCUCCCGCUGCAGAUAGCGACAUGGAACCAACGGAAGAGGAGGAAGAGAAGAAGAAGAAGAAGGAGAAGGAGAAGAAGGAGGAGAAGAAGGAGAAGGAGAAGGAGAAGGAGAAGAAGGAGAAGAAGGAGAAGAAGGAGAAGAAUCGUGUAGAUGAGGAAGAAGCCCUGGCUAUGGAUGGCCAAGUGCACGAUGAGGCCGAGGAUAGCGAGCAUGGUCUUGCUGCUUGUCAGACGAAAGCAAAACCUGUUGGAAAAGAUGGAAAGGAGGGCCGAAAGAGGGGGGAAAGGGGCGAUGAGGAAGACAGGGUGGAGGUAGGGCGGGAGGAGGAGGAGGAGGAGGAGAAGAGGAAGACGAAGAAGAAGAAGGGCCGAAACGUGGUAGUAAAAGACGAGCAAACUGUGAAUCAAGGAAGUGUUGCUGAUCACUCCGGCGGUGAAGAUGAGGAUAUGGAGACUGAUGAUCGGGGAAGUAAGAAGAAGAAGAAGAAGAAGGAGAAGACGGAGAAGAAGGAGAAGGAGAAGAAGAAGAGACACGAGGAGCGGGUGACCAGUGACGGAGAAAUCUGGGGGAGGGAGAGCACAUCAGCAGCAGCAAUGGAGAGAGAGGAGGGAGCACGGAAUUGCGAGAAGAAUCCAGCGAAGGAGAAUGGCGUAAAUGAAGAGGUGGAUGUGGGGAGCAAGAAGAAGGCGGACAAAGGGAGGAAGGAGGCGAGGGGGAGCGCUAUGCAGCAGGCACUGAGCGAAGAAGAAGGAGCAGAGACGGACGUGGAAACAAAGAGCAGGAAGAAGAAAGGCAAGGUGAGGGAGAAGGCAGCAGACGAAGAAGAUGAGCAAGACAGGGAGGUGGAAAGAAAGCACACAAAGAAGAACAAAGACAGAGAGAGGAAGGAGGAGAGGAAGGAUCCAACUGGUGCCGAUGGUGGGGAAGAGAGGGAGAGGGAGGUGGGGACCAAGAGCAAGAAGAAGAGGAAGGAGGAGAGGGGUCAAACAGAAGGUAGCAAAGAGGGACAAAGUCAGGAAGGCAGCGAUGGCAAAAAGGGUAAGAAGAGCAAGGCUGAGGAAGGGGGAGAUGAGAGGAAAAGGAGAGCAGAAGGAGAUACCAAAGGAGAGGUGGGGAAUACGAGGAAAAAGGGGGGCCAGAGUUCGAAUCCAACAGACGAUGGGAAAUCCGAGUCGAGUGGAGAUGGGCAUUUAGAGCACUUAAAACAGAUGCUGGCAAAACAGGACGCAGAGAUGGCUGCUCUGCGGCGGUUGGCUUGUCAGUUACUAGAGGGGACUGCAAAUCCCACGAGUGCCGCUUUAUCAGGGAUGUUAGGUGCGGAACAGAAAUCCAGCAAUUUCUGAACCAGCCAUGGAUCAUAAAGCACCAGUGUCGUUGGAUCCUAUCUUGUCCCACCUGACCUUGGAGUUGUUGGUUCCUCUGUUACAAAGCGGAACACGGGCAUGCUAAAAAAAGGUUGCAGAGCAAUGCAGACCAAAAACGCGAGGGGCGUGCCGGAUUCUUUAAUCAUUUUAUCGUACUGUGAUGGUGUGUGCAGAGUCUUCUAAGUUCUAACUAAAUGCAAGGAGACUCUGGGCAAUGCAGGCAAUGGCGGGCGCUCUGAGGAUUUACGUCAGCACUAUCGGAGGGCGACCGGCUGGAUUGCCAAGGGGGCUGCAUUUUCGUCAGCCGGUCCGCGGCAAUGUUCUUUACUGCCGUCUGCAGCAGGUGUCAGACCCAGGCCCAGUUUUUCAGAUGGGGGACAAAGUGGUAGUACUGGCUUGAGUGUACACGUGUUUCUAAUUGUUUACGGAGGCGGUGGUCUGGCUUCUCCUCCCUCCUCCCUCCUCCUCCCUCCUCUUCCCUUGUCUACUUUUCUGCCAAUGGUGUUGGGUGCUUGGUAGCUGUUGGAUCCCUCAGAGCAGGGAGCCCCUGUAAUGAAGAUAGAGGGGGGUAUGCAGAGAGCUGUAAAUUAGCGAGGCGGUAGAUAGAUAGGUCGACAGACUGAUAUAAGAUGAUAGAUAGAUAGAUAGAUAGGCACGUGGGUCAAGCCUCCGCUGUGAAGGGACUCCCACCCAAUGAGAGCGAGGAGAGACUAGAGGCAGUGUUUGUGCAAUGUCUAGCGGAUGUCUUGGAAGAUAGCUGUGUUGAGGUGCUAUUCUUUUUCCAUGGUUAGCUUGCGGCUUGGCCUGCUGCUGCGGUUUCUCAGGGAAAAGGCAGAGGCGUGACGACACUUUGUGAGCUUUUGCAGAUUUCUGUAUGGUUGGGGGCUACUUCGGUCGCUGAAAACCGAACCGACAGGAUGUAAUGGUACAUGGAGCUGCGGCUGAAGGCUGGGAACUUACAGGAGCUGUAACUGGAGUCGAGGGUGACGACAGUGACGAUCGCGUUUCUUCAGCUAUGUCUCUUUUCAUAACUACGGCUGUUUUUUUUAACAAAUGCAGUCGACAUGUAGUUUGCCAUAGCGUUGAGUUGAGUUGGGAUAUGCUGUGUUGUGUCUGACUGAUGAGCGAGCACGUAGCACGCACCGGGUGUGUGCCCAUUUGGCUGAGCUGGGGCAGACAACCUGCGCCAAUGGGGUUUUUCAACGAGCACGGUGGAUGCGGAUGGCUCGUGUCAUUACCGUAUGUCACAUGUUGUCCGGCUCUUCAUGCAACAUGUCUUGCAGUUGCUGAUGUUUUACUUAGUUGCGUUUGAGAUUUCGUGAAGUGGUUGUUCUCAGGCGUGUACGGAUCGUUUGUACGAUGCCUGUCUGCCAUGCUUGUUGCGCCAACCAUUGAACUAUGAGUUGGGAUUGAGAUUAUGACUGUGAUGCAGUGUCAUUGUAUACAAUCAUCUGUCAAAAUCUGCAGACUAGGAUUGCGCUGAAGCCUUUCGCGC